AUGCAUCAAUACAAGCUGCAAGUCGUUGUGAGGCAGCGUUGGAAGACGGACCAAAAAGAAGAGAAAAGGCCUAGCAACGAAAUCAGGGGAAAUUGCGGAGUGUUGCUCACCAGAGAUCCACUGCUGGAACGGCUCUCGCUAGCGUUUGCUUUUGGCUUGAGUUACAUAGCCAAAGUAAGUGUCAAACUCUUGCCCGUCUCUCUCCAGCCGGCAAAGACGGAAAAGAGCCAUUUGCUCCAAGUCUCCAUUUCGAAACCAGCAGUUGCACAUAUCCCCUUUGAGAAGAACCAUCCCAGCGCUCCUCCCACUGCUACGACAACCACCUGCUCCAUGAAGCAAAACAACACCAUACGGACGGCGACCUCUGGGCGCAAGGGGCAGCAGUCAAACGUACAAUUUCUCAACCUGACAAAUCCCAACGACGCUACCAGUUCGGAUGCACUAGCUGUGAUUCGAUCUCAUGUAGCGAAGAACACGCAUGGCCGCAAGCAACAAAGUCGGCGUGCUCGUUUGGAGAUCCGCCAAUACUGUCCAAUCCAAUCGAGCAAGACGAGCGAUCGCCCGCCGCAAGGGGCACUGCAGCCAGAGGCCAAGGAACCCGGCCGAGCAAGAGGUGUACGGCAGCGGCAGAAUCGCGAGGGUGCUCGUAUGAUCGAACUUAACACAUGGAUACCCAACCCACAGACCUCUGUAACGUCCACGAGGAAGAACCCCUUCCAGACCUCAGCCAGGAUUAUAUCGGACUCGGAGGAUGCUCUGGUGGAUCAUUAUAUCACCUUCGUGGUGGACCAUGGCUAUACCGAGUGUAUUCAUUCCGAGGCAGAGCAAGCCCUUCUUCAGAAGGUCCGAUCACAGUUUGUACCAUGGUCACUGACAGAACGAGGCCUGCUAGCUGGGCUCUUUAUGGCGGCUUGUCGAAGUCUGUUGACCUUGCAUCCCGAAAACGACUCAUACAGGGUCUCGCUGUUGAAGUAUAAGAGCGAAUGCUUCGAAAUACUCCGUGGAGCGCUAUCGACUCCCGACAGAUGUAUCAGUGAUUAUACCAUUGCUUUGGCCUUGGUGUUGGCGACGGAAGAGGCAAGUAUUUCUAACUCGAUUGCAUUUGGGCAGAGGAUGCAGCUAACAGGAGGAUGCUGA